AUGUCCAUCCCCUGGCCACUUACCCCCAGCCGGACCAAGGGAACCGUGGCCUGCCUGGCGGAGGCCCUCCUCUGGGUCGGCGGGAGCGUGGCUGUGUCCCCGCAGUGGCAACUUGGUCCACUAGUGGAGCGAUGUAUGAGCGCCAUGCAGGCGGGGACGCAGAUGGUGAAGCUCCGGGGCAGCUCCAAGGGCCUGGUCCGCUUCUACUUCCUGGACGAGCAUCGCUCCUGCAUCCGCUGGCGGCCCUCACGCAAGAAUGAGAAGGCCAAGAUCUCCAUCGACUCCAUCCAGGAGGUAAGCGAGGGGCGGCAGUCGGAAAUCUUCCAGCGCUACCCUGACGGCAGCUUCGACCCUAACUGCUGCUUCAGCAUCUACCAUGGCAGCCACCGGGAGUCGCUGGACCUGGUCUCACCCAGCGGCGAUGAGGCACGCACCUGGGUCACGGGCCUGCGCUACCUCAUGGCCGGCAUCAGUGAUGAGGACAGCCUGGCCCGCCGCCAGCGCACCCGGGACCAAUAUCCUCACUGGCUGAAGCAGACAUUUGAUGAAGCCGACAAGAAUGGGGAUGGCAGCCUGAGCAUCGGCGAGGUUCUGCAGCUGCUGCACAAGCUGAACGUGAACCUGCCCCGGCAGCGGGUGAAACAGAUGUUCAAGGAGGCAGACACGGAUGACCACCAGGGGACACUCGGCUUUGAGGAGUUCUGUGCCUUCUACAAGAUGAUGUCCACACGCCGGGACCUCUACCUGCUCAUGCUCACCUACAGCAACCACAAGGAUCACCUGGAUGCUGCUGACCUGCUGCGCUUCCUAGAGAUGGAGCAGAAGAUGACGGGUGUGACCCUUGAGAGCUGCCGCGACAUCAUUGAGCAGUUUGAACCCUGCCCAGAGAACAAGAGUAAAGGGGCAAUGGGCAUUGAUGGCUUCACCAAUUACACGCGGAGCCCCGCUGGCGACAUCUUCAACCCGGAGCACCACUGCGUGCACCAGGACAUGACACGGCCGCUGAGCCACUACUUCAUCACCUCGUCUCACAACACCUACCUCGUGGGCGACCAGCUCAUGUCCCAGUCGAGGGCGGAUAUGUAUGCCUGGGUCCUGCAGGCCGGCUGCCGCUGUGUGGAGGUGGACUGCUGGGACGGGCCUGAUGGGGAGCCCAUCGUGCACCAUGGCUACACGCUGACCUCCAAGAUCCUCUUCAAAGACGUCAUUGAGACCAUCAACAAGUACGCCUUCAUCAAGAAUGAGUACCCAGUGAUUCUGUCCAUCGAGAAUCACUGCAGUGUCAUCCAGCAGAAGAAGAUGGCCCAGUAUCUGACUGACAUUCUUGGGGACAAGCUGGACCUGUCAUCAGUGAGCAGCGAGGAUGCCACCAUGCUGCCCUCUCCCCAGGUGCUCAAGGGCAAGAUCCUGGUGAAGGGCAAGAAGCUCCCAGCCAACAUCAGCGAGGAUGCUGAGGAGGGCGAGGUGUCUGAUGAGGACAGCGCAGAUGAGAUCGAUGAGGACUGCAAGCUCCUCAAUGGGGAUGCCUCCACCAACCGGAAACGUGUGGAAAACAUUGCCAAGAGGAAACUGGAUUCCCUAAUGAAGGAGUCCAAGAUUCGGGACUGCGAGGACCCCAGCGACUUCACCGUGUCCACGCUGCCCCCACCUGGCAAGCUUGGGCACAAGGCAGAGGCCAAAAAGGGCAGACAUAAACUCGAGGAGGACGUGGAGAUCGGGGAGGAGGCUGGAACCAGCCGUCGGAACAGCCGGCUCCUCGUGGGCAGCUUCUCCAAGCGCAAGAAAAAGAGCAGCAAGCUGAAGAAGGCGGCCAGUGUGGAGGAGGGGGACGAGGACCUGGACUCGCAAGGCAGCCAGAGCCGGGGGGCCGCCCGGCAGAAGAAGACUAUGAAGCUGUCUCGGGCCCUCUCGGACCUGGUCAAGUACACCAAGUCUGUGGGCACCCACGACGUGGAGACGGAGGUGGCGUCCAGUUGGCAGGUGUCCUCCUUCAGCGAGACCAAGGCUCAGCAGAUCCUGCAGCAGAAGCCGGCGCAGUACUUGCGCUUCAACCAGCACCAGCUCUCGCGCAUCUACCCCUCCUCCUACCGCGUGGACUCCAGCAACUACAACCCGCAGCCCUUCUGGAACGCCGGCUGCCAGAUGGUCGCCCUGAACUACCAGUCGGAGGGGCGUAUGCUGCAGCUGAACCGGGCCAAGUUCAGCGCCAACGGCAGCUGUGGCUACGUGCUCAAGCCUCAGUGCAUGUGCCAGGGCAUCUUCAACCCUAACUCCGAGGACCCCCUGCCUGGGCAGCUCAAGAAGCAGCUGGUGCUGCGGAUCAUCAGUGGUCAGCAGCUGCCCAAGCCGCGGGACUCGAUGCUGGGGGACCGAGGGGAGAUCAUCGACCCCUUCGUGGAGGUGGAGGUCAUCGGGCUCCCGGUGGACUGCAACAAGGAGCAGACCCGAGUGGUGGACGACAACGGAUUCAACCCCAUGUGGGAGGAGACCCUGGUGUUCACGGUGCACAUGCCUGAGAUAGCGCUAGUACGCUUCCUCGUCUGGGACCACGACCCCAUUGGGCGUGACUUCAUCGGCCAAAGGACGCUGGCCUUCAGCAGCAUGAUGCCAGGCUAUCGGCACGUGUACCUGGAGGGGAUGGAAGAAGCCUCUAUCUUUGUCCACGUGGCCGUCAGUGACAUCAGUGGUAAGGUCAAGCAGCCUCUGGGCCUAAAAGGCCUGUUCCUCCGAGGCCCAAAGCCCUGCUCCCUGGACAGUCAUGCUGCUGGGCGGCCCCUGCCCCGGCCCUCCGUUAGCCAGCGGCUCCUGCGGCGCACGGCCAGCGCCCCAACCAAGAGUCAGAAGCCAGGCCGCAAGGCCUUCCCAGAGCUGGUCCUGGGCCUGCAGGACAUGGGCUCUGAGGGGGAGGCUGGCGAUGUGGCACCCUCCAGCCCUGGCCCCACCCCAGAGGCCCCAACCCAGGAGGAGCCGGGCAGCUACAGCCCCCGAGAGCCCCGCCCCUUCUCCAUGCAGAGGUCGGUCUCCUCGCUGUGCAGCUUGGAAACCAUUGCCGAGGAGCCAGCCCUGGGUCCCGGCCCCCUACUGCCUGGGGCAACUCCCCCCAGCCAUGCCCCUGGAGGGCCCCAGUGCUCUGCAGGGCCCAGUGCCCACUCGGCAAGCCCCCCAAGGGCGGCUCUGGGAGCUCCCAGGCCCCUCCAGCUCCGGACAGGGAGCCAAGCGAGCGCUGAGCCAGCCCCGGGAAGCAGGCAGUGGGCGUGCAGCACUGGGGCCCCUGCUGGGGCCUGCAACGGGGCCCCCAGCGGCCAUAUAGACGGCAAGGGCCACCCCCGGGCUCUGGGUCACGUGCCCAGAAGGGCCAAGAGCGAGGGGCAGGUGCCCUCGGAGUCUCUGGGUGGACGGUGGCCCCUGGCCGGGCCCUGCCCCGCCGUGUCGUUAGAUGCCACUGGAGGGGACCGGCUAUGGCAGCGGCUGGAGCCAGGCAGCCACCGCGGCAGCGUGUCCUCGUCCUCCAGCCUGUCAUCCAGUGAUACGGUCAUCGAGCUCGCCCUGCCAGGCCUGGGCCUGGGCCUGGGCUGCGACAGCCUCCCAGGGACCCUGGGGGGACGUCUGCCCUUGCGGCCCUGCUCAGCCCCGGUUGCCCGCCUGGACCCACCCGCUGUGACCAAGAGCAAAUCCAACCCCAACCUGCGGGCUGCCGGCCAGCUGCCUGUAGGGCCCGACGGGCUGCAGCCCCUGCCCCUGGCCCCAGGGCCGCCCUGGCGCCGCUUCCCCCUGGCAGGCCUCCCGGACUGCACUGUGGCUGCCAAGUCUAAGAGCCUCGGGGACCUGACUGCGGACGACUUCGCUCCCCGCGUGGAGAGCCUGGGCCGCAGCCUGGGCUUGGCUGGAGAAAGACCGGCCGGGCGGAGGGCGCGGCCGGAUGCCCUGACGGAGCAGCUGCGCUGGCUCACAGGGUUCCAGCAGGCCGGGGACAUCACGUCGCCUACCAGCCUGGGCCCUGCCGGGGAGGGUGUGGUGGGUGCCCCGGGCUUCCUGCGGCGCUCCUCCUCCCGCAGCCAGAGCCGCGUGCGCGCCAUUGCCAGCCGGGCCCGCCAGGCUCAGGAGCGGCAGCAGCGGCUGCGGCGUCCGCGGGGGCCCCCGGAGGAGGAGCGGGGUGCCCCUGAGGGCGCCUGCUCUGUGGGCCAAGAGGGUUGUGGGGAUGUGCUGACCCCUGCCAAGGGCGCCACCCACCAGCCCUUAGGUGCUGCCGCCACCAGCCUUCUGCUCCGAUUCUGACCAGCCCAGGUGCCCCCUGCCCCCCCUCACUGUAGUCUGGGCCUUGGCAGGCCAGUGUUUGCUCAGGAUGGGAGGCUGCCCACCUGUCCCUGGUGUGGCUGUGCCCCUUAGCCCCCACCCCUCCUCCUGGGGAGGAAGGGACCCCUGUCCCAGGGCCGGGUAAAGCUUCCAUGACCUUUUAAAAUUUAUGUACACAUAGAGGGAUAUUUAAAUUUUUUAGAGACAAAAGCUUCUACAAUAUGAAAAUGGUGCCGUGUCCCUUCCCACUUUUCCCAGUCUCAGCCGUGUGGCGUGUGCGGGCACGCGUCUGCCUGGUCCUGCUGUGCCAGGCCUGGUGUGCUUGUCAGGCGCCCAGGGUGACCAGGGCAUGGCCGUCUCCACAGACUGCUGGCUGGCUCUGCACAAACCCUGCUCUGUAUGGGACGUUGUAUACGCUUGUAAACUCCUGAGCACAACUCCAAUAAACACGUCCGUGCUUGCCCAUGUGGGCUCCUGGCCCACUCCCUCUCUGGCCGCA